UAGUCGCCUGUCUUGGCUGGAUAACUCUGGACUUGGGUUCUCCUUGGAUUAUCCCACCAUCAGUUUACAUGCUGUCUCCAGGGACCUAAAUGCCUACCCGUGGGAACAUUUGUAUGUCAUGGUGAAUGCUAAAUUUGAAGAAGAAGAUGCAAAAGAAGCACCCAUGGCUGAAGGGGAGGAGGAGGAAGACAGUGACGAUGAUAUUGAACCAAUUGCAGAAUUCAGAUUUGUACCUAGUGACAAAUCAGCCUUGGAAGCCAUGUUUUCAGCGAUGUGUGAGUGCCAAGCUCUGCACCCAGAUCCAGAAGAUGAAGAUUCAGACAAUGAUUACGAAGGGGAAGAGUAUGAUGUUGAGGCACAUGAACUAGGACAAGGUGACAUCCCGAGCUUUUACACUUACGAAGAAGGAUUGUCACAUUUAACUGCAGAAGGUCAGGCCACUUUGGAGAGAUUAGAGGGUAUGUUAGCCCAGUCUGUGAGCAGUCAGUACAAUAUGGCUGGAGUGCGAACAGAAGACUCAGUAAGGGAGUUUGAAGAUGGGAUGGAGGUGGACAUAGCACCAGCAGUUGCAGGGCAGUUUGAAGAUGCAGAAGUCGAUCACUGAGGAGGACGUAAGCUGCUAUUCUUCUUGUGGCACUUCCAGAAUAAGCCGUAAAACUGAAGACAUUGCAGUGACUAUCGGGAGUUAACCUUUUAAUGGCCUAAGCUUAGACAUCUAGGUCUAUAAAUGCUUUUAUAGAUGUUUAAAAACAGGGUUUGACGUUUGUGACCACUAUGAGUUUAUUAAAGAAAAAAAAAAACACAAUAAAACCUCUUGCAUCUAACACUUGAAUGGGGCUAAUCACAGCUCGUUUCAAAGAAGCCUUUUUAGGAAUCCUAGGACUUCAGAAAUAAAAUUGAAAGUAGAACAGAAUUCUAGAUUGUCCUAGAAUUUUCCAUAUUUUUGUACCUGUUCAUUGAGUCAAUGGAGCAGAACAGGAAUAGGAAUGUUACAAAGCUUCCUUAAAAGGAAAUAAGGUUGGCCAAGGAUUAAAAGCAAAGCUAAAUUUAAAGCCCCUCAAGUAACUGACUAUCUGUUCAGUGCUAUUCCCUGUCACUUCUUCGGGAACAGAGUUUGGGUGGUAGAGAAGAUGGAAUAAAAUCCGUAAAGUCCUGAAUAUGAGAAUGCUUUGUGUCUUUGUAUUAAAUGUUAACAACACUGUUAAAUAAACUAAGAUUUUUGUAUCUCACAAUCCAA